UAAACUAACUGAUUGUGUGGAUGAAGUGAAUCUGAACAUGAAAUUGUUGAACAAGAGUCAUUUAACAGACUUGGAUGUGUGUACAAUCUGAAACUUGUACAACAAGCAACAAUAAUCCAGGCAAGAAAAUACAAAAACAUGAGUCAUCUUCUGACUCUAGCAAUAUUUCUUAGGUGAUAAAGGGCUAUGUUUGUAACAUUGUUUGUGUGUGAAUUAAAAUCUAACUCAGAAUCAAGAGUAACACCCAGGUUCUUUACUUCCGACUUUUUCUGUGGUGCCAGACUUCCAAGUUUGCUAAAAAUCUUUUGUAUCUGUUCACUUGUAUCAAUUACAAGAUUUUCUGUUUUGUCUUCAUUUAAUUUAAGAAAUGAUUGCUCAUCCACUGUUCCAUACAAUUUAUCAUGGGAUUCAGUGCAUCAGAGUCAUCUGGUGCUACAGAUUAAUACAACUGAGUAUCAUCAUCAUAACAAUGAUGAUUCACACCAUGAUCACCAGUAAUUUUGCUAAGUGGUAGCAUAUAUAAACAUUAUAAUAAAGGACCAAGAACUGAACCCUGUGGAAUACCGAAAAGGUUAUAAUACUGUUCCAGAGACAUGGUUGCUGAGGCUAAAAUAUCUUCUGCCUGUGAGGUAUGUGUUUAACCAAUUUAGAGUUUACCUUUUAGACCAAUCCAAUUUUCAGAUCUGUCCAGAAGAAUCUUGUGAUCUACUGUCUCGAAUGCAGCAGCUAAGUCAAGAAGCCUCAGAAUAGAUACAUUUCUGUUAUCUGCGUUCACUCUAAGAUCAUUAAUUAUUUUUAAUAGCGCCAUUUCAGUGCCGUCCCCUUCUACAGGCAGACUGAAAUUGAUUGUACAUUUUACUGUCACGUAGGAACUCAUCCAACUGUUUAAACACUGCCUUUUCCAGUAUUUCACUUAGGAAAGGCAGGUUGGAAAUGGGUAGUUGCUCAGCACAGAAGAGUCAAGGUUGUGUUUUUUAAGUAAGGGCUUUACUAGAGCUGUUUUAAGUGCAUCUGGGAAAAUGCUUGUCUCUAGAGAGCAUCUACCAAUGUCUGAUAGAUCAAGAAUAAAACUCCAAAAUCUAAAAAUCCCUUUUAAAAAAGUAGUAGGAAUUGUAUCCAGGGAGCAAGUGAAAGACUUUAAUUGCAGGACAAUUUAAUGAAGUUCCCCUUCAUUCACUAAUUUUACAAAAAGAAUUUACAUUUCUCCACGAGGAACUAACAGUCUGAUUUUUUUAAAUUGUCAAUAUUGUCUGCAAACUGGCUUGGAUAUUAACAAGCUUAUUUUCAAAAAAUGAUGCAAACUCCUCACAUUUUGACCGUGAGGCAGGACAUGUUUCUUCAUGAAGUUUGGAGGGAUUUAAAAGGCCAUCGAUGGUAGAAAAUAAAAUUCUAGGAUUGUUUCUUAUUGAAGUAUGGCUGUCUCCCACAGCGUGUAGCUUUGUUAUAGACAUAGCGAUCUCUCAGUGGAUUGUUAAUUUAUGAACCACAGCUUUAGCAUUUAAUUAAAAGCCAUGGCAAACAGAUGUGUCUUCACCAUAGAUUUAAAAGUAGCCCACAUUGUCUCUAGUCUUCAGGUAGUUUGUUCCAGACGUGAGCAGCAUAGGAGCUAAAAGCAGCUUCACUAUGUUUAUUGUUAACUUUAGAAACCACACAAAGACCAUAAGCUUCAUACUGUAUAAGAGGAUCUGAUGAACCAUUCAGAGAUUAAUGGACAAGCAGUAAUACUUUAAAAUCAAUUAUUUGACAAACUGGCAACCACUGUAGUGAUCUGUGAACUGGAGUAAUAUGCUCUGCUUUUUUUAGUCUUUGUGUUCAACCGGAUCUGUCUGACUGCUUUCUUACAGAGACCUGAGAAAAGUCCAUUACAGUUGUCCAUCCUGCAGCAGACAAAGGCUUUAACAUGAAAUCUCUGCUCCAUCAGAUGUUCUUUAGAUGGUAAAAUGCUGAUUUUGUGACAGACUUAAUGAAAUUUAGAUCUGAAUCCAAGACAACUCCUACUCAAAAAGAAAUCAGUUGUUAUCCAGCUACGUUCUCCUCUGAAACACAUGGAAACACAUUUUGCUUUAUAAUUUUAAUGACAAAAGUCCACUGAUUAACUGUUUUAUGUGCAAUUUAAAUGCAAAUACUGUUGGCUGAACAGCUCUAUUCAGAACAAGACUCUUACCUCUCUCGUCCUGAUUGGACGUUGCUGUUACUUUGAUAGAGUAUUUAUAUUCAUGUCUCUAGAAUCAAGUGGUCUGUAAGUUGUGCUAACGAUGGUCUUUUGACCGAAAGGACCACUUUUAUCACAUUUGUUCAAUAGAUUCUUUUGCAUCUUAAGAGCCUCCUUUAUAUUUGGACUGUUUUCAGAAAAAUGAAAGGAAUAAGCAAACCUGGGAGAAGUUUGAUUUCAACUCUGCCCUAAUUGAGCUUCUUGACUCCAUAAACAUCAAUUUGGAGUCAAAAUGAAGUUUCUGUCUCUAUCACUUUGAUAUUUUAUAUUCUUUUAUAUAAUUAUAAAAGAAUUGAGCUGUACCUGGAUGACUGUCAGUGUGUCUUGGUUAAAGGUGAUUUGUGAAUUCACAAACCUACCUUAAGUUUUCUUAUGUUGUCUUAAUAGUUCUGACCUUUUUUAGAAUGUAUUUAUGUAUAUUGUUGCAGUAAUAUUUUCUAUUUCUGCUUUUGUUUUGAUAUAUAGACCUUAAAGGAUCUUGUCCUAUAAAUAAUAGUUGACUUACUACAGUUCUUACAGACUGAUUGAAUAUGCGGACUAAAAAAACUGCAUAAGACUUUCCCCCCCCAAUGUUUUAGUGUGUGGAUAUGGGAACAAACUUUACAAAAAUGAAUACACAGUAGUAUAAUUUGUUGGUGGAAAUCUUCCUUUGGUUUGUUUUUGCCUCUCAACUUUGGAACAGCCUCUUUCAAAGUCUUGCUAGUAAUAGAGACAGUGUUUGUACUCAUGUCAAGAAUUAUUCUAGAGAAUAUAUCUUUGCAGAGUUAGCUACAACUGUUGUGAGCUAAAUGUAGGUAAAAGUAAAAGUGUAACUAAUCCAUUUUGAUGUGGUUGCUGUAAAAACUUGUACUGCCCCUUUAAAAAAUAACCCCUCUUGCUGGAAUCCCUCCCUCUUCUUCCCGCGCUGAAACAGAACCAGCUCCAUUCUGUGCAACUAUUUCCUUGUUCCCUCCCCCUCACUGAUCUGCCAUUGUGACAUGGGUGUAACCAACACAUGGUAAUGCAAGAGCUGAUGAGCCCCAUUUAGUGAGGAUCAGCAAAUGAAAAGAAACAAAGGGAACAAAAGUUAGUUUUGGACCAGAGGACAGACUUAUAUCUGUGCAGAGAAAGUAAAACUCACACAUUAACUGCAACAAGGUGAGAUGGAGCAGAAAGGAGUUCAGCUGGACAGAGAAACCUUCUCUUGUUCGAUCUGUCUGGAUCUACUGAAGGAUCCGGUGACUAUUCCCUGUGGACACAGCUACUGCAUGAACUGUAUUAAAACACACUGGAAUGGAGAGGAUCAGAGGAAGAUCUACAGCUGCCCUCAGUGCAGACAGACCUUCACACCGAGGCCUAUCCUGGUGAAAAACACCAUGUUAGCAGAUUUAGUGGAGCAGCUGAAGAAGACUGGACUCCAAGCUGCUCCUGCUGAUCACUACUAUGCUGGACCUGAAGAUGUGGCCUGUGAUGUCUGCACUGGGAGGAAGCGGAAAGCCCUCAAGUCCUGUCUGACUUGUCCGGCUUCUUACUGUGAGAAUCAUCUUCAGCCUCAUUAUGAUGCAGCUCCAUUAAAGAAACACAAGCUGGUCGACCCCUCGGAGAAGCUCCAGGAGAACAUCUGCUCUCGUCAUGAUGAGGUGAUGAAGAUGUUCUGCCUUACUGAUCAGCAGAGUAUCUGUUAUCUCUGCUCUGUGGAUGAACAUAAAGGCCACGACACAGUCUCAGCUGCAGCUGAAAGGACUGAGAGGCAGAGAGAGCUUGAGGUGAGUCGACAAAACAUCCAGCAGAGAAUCCAGGACAGAGAGAAAGAUGUGAAGCUGCUUCAACAGGAGGUGAAGACCAUCAAUCGCUCUGCUGAUAAAGCAGUGGAGGACAGUGAGAAGAUCUUCACUGAGCUGAUCCGUCUCAUCCAGAAAAGAAGCUCUGAUGUGAAGCAGCAGAUCAGAUCCCAGCAGGAAACUGAAGUGAGUCGAGUCAAAGAGCUUCAGGAGAAGCUGGAGCAGGAGAUCACUGAGCUGAAGAGGAAAGACGCUGAACUGAAGCAGUUCUCACACACAGAGGAUCACAUCCAGUUUCUACACAACUACCCCUCACUGUCACAACUCAGUGCAUCUACAGACUCAACCAGCAUCAAUAUCCGUCCUCUGAGAUACUUUGAGGAUGUGACAGCAGCUGUGUCAGAGCUCAGAGAUAAACUACAGGACAUCCUGAGGGAGAAAUGGACAAACAUCUUACUGACAGUGACUGAAGUGGACGUUUUACUGUCAGAACCAGAACCCAAGACCAGAGCUGAGUUCUUAAAAUAUGCACGUGAAAUCACUCUGGAUCCAAACACAGCAAACCCAGAGCUGUUAUUAUCUGAGGGGAACAGAAAAGCAGAAAUAAGUCUGGGCCUACAGUCUUAUUCUAGUCACCCAGACAGAUUCACUGGAUGGAGUCAGGUCCUGAGUAGAGAGAGUCUGACUGGACGUUGUUACUGGGAGGUGGAGUGGAGAGGUGAAGGAGUUGAUGUAGCAGUCGCAUACAAGAAUAUCAGAAGAGCAGGGAGCUCAAGUGUAUGUAGAUUUGGACUCAGUAACAAAUCUUGGGCUUUAUGUUGUUAUACUAACCAUUAUAAAUUUUGGUUCAACAAAAUCAAAACCCGUGUCUCAGGUCCUCAGUCCUCCAGAGUAGGAGUGUACCUGGAUCACAGAGCAGGUAUUCUGUCCUUCUACAGCAUCUCUGAAACCAUGACUCUCCUCCACAGAGUCCAGACCACAUUCACUCAGCCUCUCUAUGCUGGACUUUGUCCUUAUUAUGUUGGGGACACAGCUGAGUUCUGUUAACUCAAAUAGACAGAAGUCAUUUCAGUCAUUUCUUCAUGUUUUUGUCUCCAUUGUUUCUGAGAGCUCGUUGCUGUGGUGUUUCUGAACUGCAUAGAGAUCAGCUGUCAAUCAAACUGGGACUGUCAACACUUUCUUACUUUGUUCUGUUGAUGUUUUGACAAAAAGUGUGAG